AUGGUUUCAACGCCACCCAUGAAGAACUUGAAGCCUCGGAUUGGCUCGAAGUUGCGCUACUCUUCGACCACUGAGGACGUCCCUCAGGCUGCAACGACCCCGGAAUUUGAGUCCAAAGUAAGAAAUAUUCUCAAACCUCCAUCAUCACAAUCCACGGAAGAAAAGAUUCAAGGUUUGCCCAACAUGAGGACUGCAUCAAGAAAAGAUGAGCUACGACAAGCUGUUCUGGAAAACGAAGACCGUCUGACGGUUGUGAGGUUCCAUGCUCCUUACUGUGCUCAAUGCAAACGCAUCGAGCCAAUGCUACGUAGCUUCGCAAGAAGAAAUCCCGAUAUCCAGUUCAUUGAUGUGGCUUACACACAAGACAGGGCCACUCGUCAGUUGGUGCAUUCACUAGGUGUUCCGUCUUUUCCAUAUUGCCAUGUGUACCACCCUGCCUCGCUAGGUCUGGUGGAAGAACACAGCAUGAACGGAAAGUUCUUUCAAGACCUUACCAAGGUCAUCGAGUCCUAUCAAGAUGGUGGGUGUGAUUUGCCGCCCAAUCCCAAUGACGAUGGUGUCUAUGGAUCACCGUACAAGUCUCUGAUUGCAGAGAAGGACAACAAGAACAGCAAGACCAACUAA